AUGCAAGAGGUCAUUGCUGGGCUGGAGCAGUUGAACUUCACCUUCGAGAACGAUGUAGAGAUGCAGAAGGGCACUGGCCUCCUGCCUUUCCAGGGGAUGGACAAAUUGGGCUCGGCUGUGUGCAACUUCUUCGCUAAAGGGCUCUGUGACAAAGGGAAGCUCUGCCCGUUCCGGCACAACCAGGGGGAGAAGAUGGUGGUGUGUAAACACUGGCUCCGUGGCCUGUGUAAGAAGGGCGACCAGUGCGGUUUCCUGCACCAGUACGAUGUCACCAGGAUGCCCAAGUGCUACUUCUACUCCAAGUUCGGUGAUUGCAACAAGAAGGAAUGUUCCUUUCUCCACGUGAAGCCAGCUUUCCGGACCCGGGACUGUCCUUGGUAUGACCAAGGUUUCUGCAAGGAUGGUCCCCUCUGUAAACACCGCCAUGUUCCUAAGACAAUGUGUGCUAACUACUUAGUGGGCUUCUGCCCCGAGGGCCCCCACUGUCAAUUUGCACAGCAGCCCCAGGAGCCCCUGCUCUCCUGCCGCUCGGGGCUCAGGGCACUGGAGCAGGGCCCGUGCUACACGGUGAGUGGCCGCAGACAGACCCGGCCAUAG